UGUAACGCGUGCAAAAUUUAAUUAAGGGUCACGUUUUACCACUCGAAAUGAUUUGUAGCAAACCAAUGCAGGUACCACAGAAAAGAACAUCUGCUCCUACGUCACGGAUUCAGAGCGUUGGGCGCUAGGUCCGAGGACGUCUUCAGUUCUGGUCCGCACUUCGGCGCAACUGGAAAACGGUGCUCUCCAAUAAUUUAUAGUUCGUGUCGGGUUAUUUCAAAUCGGACUUGUGUACAUAAACGGGCGCUAUUUUCAGUGAUGUGCCACCACAGAUUCCUUAAAGAAAACAACGUGAUAUAUUAAGGUGAACAAAGUGCGUCCGUUAACACCCGACAGGUGUACGUAGUACACCCCAUCCGCGGUGAUGCUGUCAACGCCGGCGACGCCGACCCCCAUCCUCAAGACGAAAUACGACAACAACAAUGAAAUCAACAAGAAACAACACGAACUAACGAUGACGGCUGACGGUGCUAAGACUUACUCGUCGGUCACCUCCUCAAUCAAGUCCUCCGACUCGGUCAAGUCGCUCAAGAGCGGCGGCAAGAAGAAACCGGGAUGCAUCCACCUGAACAAUCUCUGGUCGAUUUGGUACGGGAUAUUCGGGACCGGUUUGCAGGCCUACACCGCCUUCAAAUGCCUCAAAAGGACGCUCGGAUAUUCGUUGCUGGCAUGGCCCGAAGGACUGCCAUUUCUAGAGCUCAAUUGCAGCCUGGGACUUACCGGGGCUGCGUUCCUAUUGUUGCCCGUUUUCCUGGCUGUUGCCGUACUUAAGAUCGGGAAUCUGGCUAACGACGGCUUCAAAUUGGGCCGCCAGAUCAGUACGUGCAGCAAAGACACGGAGGCGGAAGACCCACGCAAAACUGGUUGCGGAUUGUUUCGUUACGGAGGGCCGACCGCCCCUUUCAUUCACAUCGCCAUUUCUUUCUGUCUUCUCGUGCCUAAGCUGCUGAUGGAGGCGAAGCUGAUUGAAGCCGGAUUUUUGAGCCAGGAGUGGAUCUGGCAUACGGACUUGGAUUUCGUUAUCAGGCACAGGGAUCGCUUGGUGGUGCUCAGUUUUAUGCCUUCCAAUUCCAGCAGAUCGGAUUUGAUCAGUCCCAGGACCAGCGCUUUGCACUUUAACAGCGCCCAGGUUACCACCACGGUGAUGAAGACUUUGAAGGAGUAUAUUGGACAUGACAACCAUACUUUGGCGUACGACAGAAACAUGGAUUCAGGUUGGGUAAACUCCAUGAGCAUCGAGUACAUGAAUUUAGCUUUAGGUCUUGUCAUCUAUUCCGUGCGUUAUCCGGCCUUGUUUUGGUCCACCAACAAAUGUCUGGGACUGAUUUUCUCCUUCCAGUUGCUCAUAAACGGCCUGCACACUUUGAUCUCGUUCGCCGGAAUGUCCAUCUUGUACAAGGUUCACAUUGCCGGAGUGUGGAAAUCGUUGCCGCUAUUGAAACACAACGCCCGCAGCGUCUACUCGUUCGGCAAUCCCACGCCGUUCCUGCUCAAUUCGCAGGUCACAUUCGGCAUCUACAUGAUGUCGACCCUGCUGGUGCUCGCCUCAAGUAUUGUCCUCUAUUUCUACGGCCACACGAGGUUCCACGCUUUCCUGGACCAGGAGCGCGAACGUAAGAUUAUCAGCCUAAGGGGCGAGGGAGGCAACAGGUGGGGCUAUUUCACGCACUGUGCCGCUCUCUGUGUCCUCAUAUCGAUCGGCAUCUGCAACGCGCCCCUUCUCCACGACUACACCGUUGUAUACAGGGGAAGUCUUGAUGACAUCACCCUCAUCUGCAUCAUUGCUGGAAUAUUGCAUCUGUUCUUCUGGAUUGUGAUUUGGUUGUUCCUCACCAUCAAACACAAAUGGACCUUCAAACUGAGAAUUACCAUUGCCAGAGCAACAGUGCGAGAAUCCAGAUCAUUGAAACUGGUAACAGACGUCCACUUGGCCAACCAAAGAUGCGAGGACUUGUCGCAACAACCUCUCCUCGUCGUAGGAAACGGUCGAACCUACAGUGUGACCGACAAUUCCCCCAAACGGGCCAUAAUGUCCGUAGUCCAAAAAGCAGCUCUUUCUAAAAAAUCUCAAAGUAACGGUUCCAUAACAGCAAACUCCAAUGACGACGACUCUGAAGAACAGAUUUAUUGGCUAAGACCCGCUCUGGCACCUCAACAAUGUUCACCAGAUGGCCACAAGUACUUCUGCUGGACCAAGAAGAAGCAGAAGCACAAGGUGACAUUCAAUGACACCACGAGUACGUCAACCAAUCGAAAAGGGAACAGCGUGAAAAGGCGAAGCGUGAUUGGAGGCAUCGACGAACUGGAUGAUGGAGACUAUGCCACUUUAAGAGAAUUACCCUUGAGUCCCCCAACGCAAAGAUUGAGCAACGGAGACGACACUGCCAGUGAAGAAGGAAAGCUUUUGGCUUACGUUCAUGACGAACACGUGACAUACGCUAGUACUAGAGAUUUAGUGCCGCCAACCGCAUCCUACGAAGACACUAGUCCAUUACUCGAGUACGAACCGUCAGUAGUAACAGUACAUAACUCAUUUGACACGCAGAAUACUGGCCCUGCUCCAAGAUGUUUGAGAAGGUCAGACUCUGGGGUACCUCACGAAGAGCCGAUGAGAUCUGAUUCUGUAAGUACUGAAGGUUCACAUUCACCACCAGAGCAACAUGGCAGCAACCACAGUGAAACUUCCAGUGGUAUUCACUCUAAUGAAAGUACUGAUCAUAAAGUUGCUGAAAAAAUUACAGCUGAUUGGAAGUCCCCUCAGCAAGAAGAGUUACCAACAAGUCACACCAGCCCAUUGGUGGAUCACAGCAUGACAGAGAGCCUCUUAGAGGCACCAGAAAGUACGGUGGUAAUCAGACGCAAGUCCAGUCGAAAUUUCACAACAGAAGGCUCAACCAACAAAGUCAUCGACGAAGAUCCCUACGGCAGAGCUACUAACAUGCGCAUGACCUCAUUUACCGACGUCAAUCACGAUUUGCAAAAUAUACAGUCGUCUUCAGCAACAUUGCCGCAUUACCCGACUCAGCCCGUUCAAAAUGUUUAUCCGCACUGCUCCACCAUGCCAUUACCGCACAGCAACGUUCAAAACAAUUCGAAAUUGGGCAACGGGAACAGUUGCAAUGCAGUUGUUUACCCGAGACAACACACAACGCUGCCAACCCACCACAACGGCGUAAAUUUGAUAGCGAAUCCGUUGAUGAACACGCCAUCGACUGCGGCCAGUAAUAAUCCAUAUUUGAAAAGACUGCACCACCCGAAAACCGGGUACGGAAACGAACCAAUUUAUACAAAGAUUAACAGGGCAUCCGGUGAACUCUACCAUUACACCUCUUAAGGUCCUUGUAGGACGAUUUGAGGAAGAUAACUCUUCGAAGAAGAGUGGUUUUUUAUAUGUACCAGUGUACAGGGCGGCCAUUUUUUUUUGGAAAGUUCCAGUUGAGGAACAAUCAAUAAGUGGGAAAGAUGAGAUGAACGAAGUUGAGACUUUUUAAGCAAUAAGUUAACGAAGAGGGAGCAGAAAACAUAAAAUAUGUUGGAAGUAGAGAAAAUAGAAAUUGGCAAAAAAGUGGCCCCCUGAACAAGUUAAUUUGCAUUUCACGCACACAUCAGUUUACCUCUAUUAAAAUAUUUUAUACAUAACGAUAUUUUUAUAUCAUUUAAUCGCAAAAAAAUCAUCCAAAGCAAUGGCGUCCUUAGACACUAUUUUUAUAUUUUAUUAUACCGCGAGUUCUAGUAAUAACAAAGUCAAAAUUGCCAGUUAUUAUCGAAGUAUUAACAUAUCCCAGUGGUACAAAGAAGAAUUCCUCCAAUAAUAUUUUUAUUCCAUCUCCAACUAAACAUAUCUAUCAAAAUUUGUAAAACAUUUAGAGAUCUUCUUUGGACCAUUAAUUGAAUUUUAAAUAGCAGAGCUUGUGGCAUAUUGAAAUUUAGUUUGGAAAACCAAUGCCACAAAAUAUAUACGACCAAUUGCCUUGAAUCACCGCAUCCUUUUAUUUUCAUACAUCGUUUUUAUCGCCAUACGGUUUUAUAAUCAUGUAUGGUUUGGAAACAAUAAUAUUAGGUAAUAUAAUAUUGAAUUGAACUGUCACGUUGUGGUUUUAAUGCACGUGCAGUUCUAUACUUAGAUAACCUUACUAGAAAACUACGUGUCUACUAUACAUACAUAUAUACAAGAAAGUUCAAAUCUAUCCAGUUUUUAAUAAGCUAAAUACUCAUUGCAAGUUAUGGUUGUGAAAUAAAGACAAAUAAUAUGGAAAAUGGAUGAAUGGGAACUCUUACUCUUUAUGUACCUAAUUUCUGCCAGUCACCUCGCUUUAUGUGUACCUUAAUUUUAUCUGCCAUGUAUAUUUUAUGUAUGUCUAGGGCUUGAUCUACCUAUUUUUAACUGGGGACCGUUGGAUUUUGCACCUGACCAAAAACAGGACUCAAAUAAUCCUUCACAUUGUCUAGAUAUUCUAAAAAUUGCGACAAUAAGCAUUUUAUACGAGUACAUCAAAAAAGCAUACAGAAGACUGACACCUAGAGAAAUAUAAAUCUUACCAUCCCCAGUCGAAUUUGACCAACCGUUUUUGGGUUCGCCAUUGUAGUUAAAAAAAAAGUCAUAUCACACUAUCCAUCUGGGAACAUUUCACCUUCUCUUCAAAAUAUACGCAUACAAUAAUAUACAUUGUCAGUAAUAGUGUUUAGGGGUAGCUUUUCUAUAUUGGUACAUACAUUAAUUGUGGUAGAAUUUACACCAUUGGAUUGAAACAGUUAAAAUUGUUUUGGUCCAAUUUUGUAAUAUAGUAGAUAUAAAUAUUAAACUAUUGUAUUGAUAUGAUAUACAUACAUAUAAGGCAAGUUAAUAUAAUAUCUAAUGAUUGUGAUGCUCACAAGUUAUGUAUUAUUAAGUAGGCAUAAUUUUACCCCACUUAUAACUUAUUUCAGUACUCAAAGUUCCAUUGAACGGUUCUUGAAAUAAGUUAUAUGUUUGGGUACACAUCUUUUAUAGAAGAAUAUAUUUUAUCAGUAUUUGGUGCAAGUAUUAUUUAUGUGGUUACACGGAACAAGUAUUGAAGUACUUUUCUUGUGCGUUGUUGAUUUACUUAUGUACAUUGUUAGUUUUUUACACUUUUCUAGUCAUUCAAAGGCGCAAGACCUUUUUACAUUUAAUAUAUUUGUUCAUUUUUAUACAGAAAUCAUACGUCACAUACAAGUUGAUUUUAUAGGUUGCAUCACAAAAUAAACUAUUGAA